AUGAACAUCUCAGGAUCAGAACAAACAAUCCUGGCAAAGUACAAGAAUGAUCUUCAAAAAGCGUCGAAAAUCCUAACAUGGAAUAGGCGCUUACUUUCCCUUCUGGGGCUUUGGCCAGAGUCUCCCAUGGACCUUCUCUUUUGCGCUAGCGCAGUUUAUUACAUAUUUUACCUCGGCUUGAUCUUCGUUUCAUUCGUUUUGUAUCUUAAAAAAAAGAUACUUAAUGUCUCGAUCUUCAUCGCUCUACUUUCCUACGGUCAUAUCAGCGCUCGACUACUACUACUGCGUCGACACAACAGAACCUUUGGCGUUUUAUUCGCUGAAAUGAAGCAGGACUAUGAACUUCGAAACUACAAGUCUGAUCAAGAGUUAAGAGUGUUCCUGAAGUAUAAUAUAUUGGCAAAAUCCAUGAUUAAGUUCCUUCUUUUCUGCUCAACUUUUUUUGCUAUUGUCUUCUAUGUGAAGCCACUUCUGAUGACGUACAAUAUUCAUCGUGCUAUUCGCAAAUCACACAGAAACGCAACAGCUCCUUUCGUAUUAGCACAAAACAGCUUUUACCAAUUUUACAAGAUUACGACCGUAAAGAAGUAUGCGAUAAACUAUGUGAGCAUGUUACCAUUCUCUGUUCUGACUGGCUUCAUUAAUUGUGCAACGGAUUGCUUGGUUCUCACCAUUGGUUGUCAUUUAAGUGGCAGGUUGGCUGCGUUGUCUCAUAGAAUUCGAAAUGUAGAAUUUUGCAACGGGAGCCAGGAGUUCAAAGCUGUCAUUCGAUUGCAUCAACAAGUUUUGCGGAUCGGAGAUAUGGUGGAGAAUUCGUUGAACACUUUAAUGACGUGUCAUAUACUGACCGCCGGUGUUAUAAUGUGUUUUAUACUCUACAAAACGUUGAUUUACUUGAGGCCAGGAAAACGGAUACAUCUUAUUCACAUUGUUAUUCUACUAUCUCUUAAUAUUGUGCGGCUAUAUUUUCAUUGCUGUGUGGGAGAAUUUCUAAUGCAAGAGAGUCGAGUCGUUCACGAAGCGUUUUUCGAAUGCAAAUGGUACACAAUGUUGUUGCAAGAUCGAAAGCUCAUAGUCUUAAAUUUAUUAAGAAGUCAGCGUCCAAUUCGUUUUGCUGCUAGAGGGUUGGGAACAUUCUCUAUUGAACUAUUCUCCGAGGUACUAAAAUCAUCACUAGGCUACUUAUCAGUUCUGAGGAACGUUAUUUAA